ACUUCUGCACAGGAACUUGCUAAUCGCUUUUGUUUCUGCUGCCUCGGUCACCUCGGACACAGAGGUCCACCACCUCGGGCUGGACUCUGCCAGUCCAGUAUUGCAGUUUUUCCAAUAGGGACUCAUUGGGUGCCUUGGGAGGAGAGACAGAGAGUCCCCAGGAGGAACUCUCACCAGUGAUAGAUUUGAGGUACACCAGCUUUUACAAGGCGUGGAGAGCUACUUAGACUUCCGGAGUCAGUCAUUUUGAUGUUGAGACAUGGCAUUCAUUCUACCACAGUUCCCGAAGUGGCUGAGAUCUACUAGAACCUGAGGCUACACACACCCAGCUGCCUUUGCCCGGCUGCCUUCCUGCUUCUUGGCCAGUCAAGAGCAGUUCAUGAGUCAUUCAUACACCAGUUGGCAACCAAGCUUCAGAGGUUUUCCAAGCAGUCGCUGGUUCUGACCUGGGCAGACUGGAGAAGUACUGUCUGUAAUUGAUGUCUAAGAUUUGGAGAUUCUGAGAACAUAAGCCCUGGUUGCUAUCUCCUUACUAUAUGGAACUACAGUAGCCCACUGAGGGUUCUUUCCCUUGGGAUCCUGGACUCUUAAAUACAACUUCAGACAAGGACAAUGCUGAGCUCCAUCAAGUGCGUGUUGGUAGGGGACAGUGCUGUGGGGAAAACCUCACUGUUGGUGCGCUUUACCUCUGAGACCUUCCCGGAGGCCUACAAACCCACUGUGUACGAGAAUACGGGUGUCGACGUCUUCAUGGAUGGCAUCCAGAUCAGCCUGGGUCUCUGGGACACGGCCGGCAAUGAUGCCUUCAGAAGCAUUCGCCCCCUCUCCUACCAGCAGGCAGAUGUGGUACUGAUGUGCUACUCUGUGGCCAACCAUAGCUCAUUCCUGAACUUGAAGAACAAAUGGAUCAGUGAGAUCAGGAGCAACCUACCCUGUACCCCGGUACUGGUUGUGGCCACACAGACUGACCAGAGAGAGAUGGGACCUCACAGGGCUUCCUGCAUCAAUGCCAUAGAAGGAAAGAGACUUGCCCAGGAUGUGAGAGCCAAGGGUUACCUGGAGUGCUCAGCCCUUAGCAACCGGGGAGUGCAGCAGGUAUUUGAAUGUGCUGUCCGAACAGCUGUCAACCAGGCCAGGAGAAGAAACAGAAGGAAGCUGUUUUCCAUUAACGAAUGCAAGAUCUUCUAAACCCCAAGGACCGGUACCCGACAUUCAUGAACAUACCUCAAAGACUCAUUGGAGAGGGGAAGAGGGGGGGCAAGGCAAGAGGACUGAUGCUCCCUCCUGGACCAUCUGAACAAUCUCUCUGGAUGGGCUUAUGGGGAAGUCUGCCGCUCAUGCUUCCACUAACUGUACUCUGCAGAUGAACUCUGUGCCCAGCACAACCAGAGAGAUUCCUUGGAAAGCCAUAUAAAUAGUCCAUCUUCAAUGAGAGACUAAAAUAUCCAUCCUGAUUUAGACAAUGAAGUGCAUUUCCCAAGUAUGCCAUAUUUAAACCCACAUUUUUAAAACCCAUAUUAUUUAAAUAAUAACCAAGUAUAGAGCUCUUGUUUUCAUGCUUGGGAAGUCUUUUCUUUGAAAAGACCAAGUACUGUAUGAGGAAAAUAACCCUGUGGGGCUCAACCAUAUGUCUGUGGUGUUAUUAUUUACUCCCCAAUUUAAUUUGGUUGGAACU